GGACGUCAUGUCAAACUGGGUAACAAUAUGGCGCCCCUUCCUGUCACUGUCCACACUUUGUUUUCUCGGUCACCAAUUCAUCAAUAAAGAUUUUUAAAAGUAAAACAAAAUGAGAGAUGCUCGAGGAGAAGCUAACUGACGUUUUAUUACUCUUAGUAUUAUUAUUAUUAUUGUUAUAAAAUGGAGUUUAUUUUUUUUUUUGUUUCCUGACGCGGAAGUGAGCAUUUUCGGAAUGUUUUUCAAAAUAAAACGUCAGUCCGUAAGGCCUGUCCAUUGCUCAACGGCCGCUGGCGACCCCGCGUCUUAUUUUGAAACGCUGUUACCGGAUGUUAGACGAACAGGGCGAAGAAGCCGAGGAGAACGAGACAACUCGUCGCCAGCAUUUGCUUUUCAAACCAGACAUGGAAGAGCACCCGAAUCUGGUUUCAAACCCCGAACACAAGUUGCAAUGUUUAGUGUUACCAUCAGACGUGUUCAAAGUGGUUGUUGUGAAAGAGGAAGAGGAGGAUGCUGACAUCACCGGGUUCCACGUGAAAAGCGAACGAGAAGACGAAGACAAGCGGUCGCCCGGGGGCGAUCACACCAGCGCACAAGUUGAAGACGACGGCUCGGGUGUCAGUCUUCAGCCCGAAGAAGCCUCGUUAGACUCUUCCGGGAUAGACGUGGGCGACCACGCUCGGACGGGGAGCGCCCGGGCGCGCUCGGACGAUGCGCUGGCGUGCUCGCGGUGCGGCAAAUUUUUUUUGUCCAAGUUGAACCUCAAGUGGCACGAAAAGAUCCACGCGGACAAACUCUUCACGUGCGUCGUUUGCUCCAAAAGUUUCCGUAAGCGUUCCGACCUGGUAGUGCACUUCCGCAUCCACACCGGGGAGAAACCCUACUCGUGCUCGCUUUGCGCUACCGGCUUCGCCAAAAGCAACGCGCUGGUGCAGCACAUGCGCACGCACACGGGCGCCAAGCCCUUCUCGUGCUCCGUCUGCGCCAAGAGCUUUUCCCAGAAGGGUCACAUGACCACGCACAUGCGCACCCACACGGGCGCCAAGCCCUUCUCGUGCUCGCUUUGCGGACGGACGUUCUCCGAGAAGGGCCACAUGACCCGGCACGUGGCGGCUCACUCCGGGGAGAAACCUUUUGCCUGCUCGGUGUGCGGGAAAAGGUUCUCGCAGAAAGGUCAUGUGACCACGCACAUGGUGGCCCACACGGGGGAGAAACCGUUUAGCUGCCACGCCUGCCGACAGCGCUUCACGUGGCACUCGCAGCUCAAAAGACAUAAGUGUGCAGCACACGAGAGCGCCACCUAAGGACCGAUACAGUGCUACCUUUUCAUCGCGGAAGCUCCAACAGCUGACGUCGGUCUGGUACGUUGCAAUUAUGCGACUGCAGCGCUUACCCGAGUAGCGUUCCACAACUGACUGAUGACUCAACUCUAUAGUCCACUUUAUGAAAAUCCCUAUAUAGUGUCUCCGGGGUUUUCGAUGAAUCGUUUCAGCCCUAGAGUCAAUUAUAUAGGCCACUAUAGAAAAAUCCUUGUGUAGUGAUUAGGGAAUAGGAAAUGAGUGAAUCAUUCUGACCGCAGCGAGUGCCAAAGUUUGGAAUCAUUUCUUGUUUAGUCAAAGAAGCUGAAGUGCAAUGUGUCUAAUGCAAAGUACAACUGGCUUAAGUUACACAACCGCACAUGUACGGUGAAGUAAACAUUGUUAGCUAAUUUAGUACAGCCUACCACUGCCAGUUAGAACUAAUUGUAAUCCAUAACAGGUGGUUUGGAUAGAGGGAGGAUGGAAACAGUCGCCGGUGCUCUUUCAGUCACUUUAUUGAACAAAUGGUAACAAAAUACAGUCAACACAAGUGUUUUCUUAUCUGACCAGCCGGCGGCCUAACCACCCUGCACACUCAUUGGCUAACGCUAAAACCAGUAAACAGCCAACCUUUUUGUACGUCUUCAUUUACUGACUUCCACAUCGCUCAAUAGGCCAGGCCCGCCGUUUAAAGGCCUGCACACAUUCAGUGUCACAGAUACUACAGUGUAGCAUGUCAGUAUAGUGACCACAAGUGGACGAAAAUAAUAACUGCAUCUCACAUUCCAUAUGGAUAUAUUGUAUGUCAGUAUUACAGUAUAUGCAUGAAGCUUUUCAGGAACAAAAUUAUACAAUAAACAAUUGUUUUCUUCUUU